AUGUUGGUUCUAGUGAUAGGUGAUUUGCAUCUACCUCAUCGAGCAUCUGAUCUACCGAGCAAGUUUCGCAAGUUAUUAGUCCCAGGCAAGAUUCAACAAAUCAUUUGUACGGGAAACGUAUGUGAUCGUGAAACCUUGGAUUAUCUUCGAACGAUCGCAGGUGACGUUCAUGUAGUUCGUGGAGAUUGGGAUGAAAACCCGUAUUUCCAAAAUUCUGUCUUGCUUCAACAUGGUGCAUUACGAAUAGGUGUCUUGCACGGUCAUCAAAUCGUACCCGCUGGGGACGUGGACAGUCAAUGUGCACUUGCAAGAUCGAUGGAUGUAGAUAUUUUGAUCACUGGGCAUACCCACAAAUUUGAUGCUUUUGAAAAAGAGCAGAGAUUUUUCGUCAAUCCUGGAAGCGCUACGGGUGCCUGGUCGAGCGUUUGGCCGAUUGCAGAUGAAGAGAACCAAGAGGAAAAAGAGAAGAACACACAGAAGGCCGAGUCCUCCUCCGGCACAAAAGAUGAGAAGGAAGCAUCAAAAGUUGCAGAUGUAAGCAAGACGUCAAGUGCUGACGAAAAAGAGCCAGAAGAAAAAGAAGAAAAGGUACCAGAAAAUGAAGAAGAGAAGGAGCCGGUAGAGAAAAAAGAUCAGGCAGAUACUACUAAAAACUCAAAAGCAGAUGAGGAAACGAAAGCAGCAGAACAGCCCAAGCCAACGGAGCAGUCGAAACCAGUCAAAGAGCCUAAAGCGGCCAAGGAUCCUAUACCGAGUUUUGCACUGCUAGACAUUCAAGGCUCCAAUGUCGUCACAUACGUCUAUCAGCUUAUCGAAGGAGAGGUAAAAGUAGAAAAGAUGGAAUUCAAACAAUCCAUCGUUCGACCUGUAUCGGAACAGACUGCGGGCGGAAUUCAAGGUGCGACUGCAGGUGUUGGUAUUCCUGUUGGAAAUGCAGCACCACGUAGAUCGGCAGGUAUGAGGUAUGGGUAA